UUCAAAGAUGGCUGUCUAAUGUUAUUGAAGAGUGAGAUUAACGUGUUGUUAUUAUUAAUCUCGUCAUUCCAUCAUUUGAAAAAAAACUUCAGAACUAUUUGAGAGAGAGUUAAAACUGAGUGACAACCAGAAUUGAAAAAUUGGCAGACAAUUUUUUCGAUUUUUCAAGUUUCUCCAGUGGUUUUUCGCUGAUAUCUCAGUGUGGACAUUGCCAUGCCGUUUCUGACCAGUAAUUCACGUCUCGUGAAGAACAAGUGGAAUUGUUGAAAAAGAAAAAUCACAGCAAAAGAUAAAGAAAAAACCUCAUUGAACGAUGUCCCUAAAACCGAAGAAAGUUGACUUCUCGCAGACCUGGGAGGUCCUCCAGGAAACGGUGAAGGGUGUGAUAACUCUGGCGGACGUGCCUCGUUCAACCUGGAACGAUCGUUUCUCGGACGUCUACUCCCUGUGCGUGGCAUAUCCAGAGCCCCUUGCAGAUCGCCUCUACAACGAGACAAAACGCUUCUUAGAGUAUCACGUGUCAACACUCCUGAGGCUCGUCUCGUCAGCUGGUGAAUCAAAUCUCCUGCAGUCGUACCACCGUGCGUGGACCGAGUACUCUCAGGGUAUAAACUACCUCCACCGUCUCUACCUCUACCUGAAUCAGCAGCACAUAAAAAAAACAAAACUGACAGAGGCCGAGAUAAUCUACGGUACAGUAUCCCCAAACUCCUCAGAUUACCAGGAGAUGGAGAUGGAGAUCGGUGAGUUGGGGCUUGACAUCUGGAAGAGAACGAUGAUAGAUCCCCUGAAGAAGUCCCUGGUGUCUCUUCUGCUGGAGGGAAUCCAUGCAGACAGAGUUGGUGGUGCCCAGCCCACGACAACAGACGUUAUCUGUGGUGUAAUCGAGUCAUUCGUCAGGGUAGAAGCUUACAAAAUUAAAGGAGAGCUCGAUCUCUACCAGAAGAUCUUCGAGGCACCCUUCCUCGAGGCCUCAGGUGAAUUCUACAGUCAGGAGACUGUCGAACUCCUCCAGCAGUCCAACGUAACGAAAUACAUGGAGAGAGUUGCCUGGAGACUUGCACAGGAAGAGCUUCGCGCCCACAAGUUCUUCCACUCGACGAGUAUUCCAAAGGUUCGAGCCUGCUGCGAGGAGAAAAUGGUGGUUGCCCAGGUCCACUGGCUCCAUUCAGAGGCAGAAUCAAUGAUUGAGAACGAGAGAAAAAAAGAUCUCGCCCUUCUGUACAUGCUCCUCCGUCCCCUGCCCUCAGGCCUCUCACCACUCAUCCAAAAACUCACUCAGCACAUAACCCAACAGGGAAUAAAUGCUAUUGGUCCACUUCAUGGUGAAAAUGUUCACAUACAGUUCGUUGAGUCGAUACUGGAGGUGCACGCCAAGUACUCAGAUCUCAUCGAGGAGAUAUUCAAGAAGGAUCAGGCAUUCAUUGGUGCUCUAGACAAGGCGUGUGCUGCUAUUGUCAAUUACAGAUCAGCGUCAAGGGCACCAGCACGUGCACCAGAGCUACUGGCAAAGUACUGCGAUACUUUACUGAAAAAAUCAGCUAAAGGCGUCUCAGAGACUGAGAUCGAUGACAAAUUAGCUAAAUCAAUAAAAGUCUUUAAAUAUGUUGAUGACAAGGAUGUUUUUCAGAAGUUCUAUGCAAGAAUGCUUGCCAAGAGGCUGAUACAUCAGCAGAGUCAGUCGAUGGAUGCUGAAGAGGCAAUGAUUGAUAGAUUAAAGCAGACGUGUGGAUACGAGUUCACGAAUAAACUCCACAGGAUGUUCACGGAUAUGUCUGUCUCCAUGGAUCUCAAUGCCAAGUUUUCUACGAGUCUCAGGGAUAGUGGAGAGGACAAUCAGCUGGGAAUUGGUUUUGUAGUUUAUGUACUGCAGGCUGGGGCUUGGCCUCUCUCACUUCCACCAUCACUAGGACCUUUUCAUAUUCCUCAGCAACUAGAGAAAUCCAUUGCCAGCUUUGAGAAGUUCUAUCACACUCAAUUCAAUGGGAGAAAACUCACGUGGCUGCAUCAUCUCUGUCAGGGUGAACUAAAGUUUAAUUAUCUCAAGAAGUCGUAUCUUGUCACUGUCCAGACCUAUCAGAUGGCACUUAUGCUGCUCUUCGAGGAGUGCAGUCAGAUCACCUGCAAAGAAGCUGCCCAUUCUCUUAGGCUCUCUCAUGAUCAGCUUGUCAAGCAUGCCAUGAGUCUUGUCGACUGUAAAAUCCUCAAGAAGGAGGACGAGAAGGAGCUCGAGGAGGAUAGUCUUUUGAUGCUCAAUUUGGAUUAUUAUAAUAAGAGGACGAAGUUCAGGGUCACUGGGGCUCUUCAGAAGGAUCAACCACAUGAUGCUGAGGCCACGCGCAGGAGUGUUGAUGAUGAUAGGAAGCUUUAUCUUCAGGCAGCUAUCGUCAGGAUCAUGAAGAACAGGAAAAUGUUGAAGCAUAAUCAGCUGGUUCAAGAGGUUCUAGAACAGUCAAAGGUGACAUUCGCCCCAGCCAUCGGUAUGAUAAAAAAAUGCAUUGAGGCAUUGAUUGAUAAACAAUACAUCGAACGUACUCCAAACAGUGCAGAUGAAUACUCCUACGUGGCGUAACCCAAGAAAACCUCAACUAUUCAAUUUCACUGUUUGACGUAUUCCCCGGUGGAUUAUUCAGUAGUAAAAUCACAAGUCACUCGAUUUCCCACAUCUCAACCUCAUUUUCCCCCACCAAACCAUCCUUUGAUCAAAAUAGAUUAUCAUUAA